CCCCAGGCGGGCGGCUGCGGCGGAGGGGCGGCAGAGUGGCUGAGGGGCCGACGCGCAGGCUGGGAGGUGUGGGGCAGUUCGGGCAGUAGGGCAGCAGCCAUGGGGGGCUUGAAGGACGAGCUGCUUAAGGCCAUCUGGCACGCCUUCACCGCGCUGGACUUGGACCACAGCGGCAAAGUUUCCAAAUCCCAGCUCAAGGUCCUUUCCCAUAACUUGUGCACAGUUCUGAAGGUUCCACAUGAUCCUGUUGCCCUUGAGGAGCACUUCAGGGAUGAUGAUGAAGGGCCUGUCUCCAACCAGGGUUACAUGCCAUAUUUAAACAAGUUCAUUUUGGAAAAGGUCCAAGAUAACUUUGACAAGAUUGAAUUCAAUAGAAUGUGUUGGACCCUCUGUGUAAAAAAAAACCUCACAAAGAGCCCUCUGCUUAUUACAGAAGAAGAUGCAUUUAAAGUAUGGGUUAUUUUCAACUUUUUAUCUGAGGACAAGUAUCCAUUAAUUAUUGUUCCUGAAGAGAUUGAAUACCUGCUUAAGAAACUUACAGAAGCUAUGGGAGGAGGCUGGCAACAAGAACAAUUUGAACAUUAUAAAAUCAAUUUUGAUGACAGUAAAGAUGGCCUUUCUGCGUGGGAACUUAUUGAGCUUAUUGGAAAUGGACAGUUUAGUAAAGGCAUGGAUCGGCAGACGAUAUCUAUGGCAAUUAAUGAAGUGUUUAAUGAGCUUAUAUUAGAUGUGUUAAAACAGGGUUACAUGAUGAAAAAAGGCCAUAGACGGAAAAACUGGACUGAACGCUGGUUUGUACUAAAACCCAACAUAAUUUCUUAUUAUGUAAGUGAGGAUCUGAAAGAUAAGAAAGGAGACAUUCUCUUGGAUGAAAACUGCUGUGUAGAGUCUCUGCCUGACAAAGAUGGAAAGAAAUGCCUCUUUCUAAUAAAAUGUUUUGAUAAGACCUUUGAAAUCAGUGCUUCAGAUAAGAAAAAGAAACAAGAGUGGAUUCAGGCCAUUCAUUCUACUAUCCACUUGUUGAAGCUGGGCAGCCCUCCACCACACAAAGAAGCCCGUCAGCGUCGGAAAGAAAUGCGAAAGAAGCUAUUGGCUGAGCAAGAGGAGCUGGAGCGGCAGAUGAAGGAGCUCCAGGCCGCCAAUGAAAGCAAGCAGGAGGAGCUGGAGACUGUGAGGAAGAAACUGGAGGAAGCAGCAUCUCGUGCAGCAGAAGAGGAAAAGAAACGCCUGCAAACUCAAGUGGAGCUACAAGCCAGGUUCAGCACAGAGCUGGAGCGUGAGAAGCUGAUCAGACAGCAGAUGGAAGAACAGGUUGCCCAAAAGUCCUCUGAACUGGAACAGUAUCUACAGCGAGUACGGGAGCUGGAAGACAUGUACCUAAAGCUGCAGGAGGCUCUUGAGGAUGAGAGGCAGGCCCGGCAAGAUGAAGAGAUGGUGCGGAAACUUCAGGCCAGGUUGUUGGAGGAAGAGUCUUCCAAGAGGGCAGAAMUGGAAAAGUGGCACUUGGUACAGCAGCAGGCCAUUCAGACAACAGAGGCAGAGAAGCAGGAGUUGGAGCACCAGCGUGUCAUGAAGGAGCAGGCCCUGCAGGAGGCCAUGGCGCAGCUGGAGCAGCUUGAGCUUGAGCGGAAGCAGGCUUUGGAGCAGUAUGAGGGGGUUAAAAAGAAGCUAGAGAUGGCAACUAAUAAGACCAAGAGCUGGAAGGACAAAGUGGCCCAUCAUGAAGGAUUAAUUCGAUUGAUAGAACCAGGUUCAAAGAACCCUCACCUGAUCACUAAUUGGGGACCUGCUGCUUUUACCCAGGCAGAACUGGAGGAAAGAGAAAAGAACUGGAAAGAAAAAAAGACCACGGAGUGACUACUCCUGACAGAAGUCCCCUCAGUUAUGCAGAUGCCAAGUGUGGCCGGAGAGCUUUAUGCUAAAGACAAAAGAAACUGGCUUCGCUGCUUCUAACUCUUUUCUUGGUGACUCUAAUGGGGUCAAUGUGCUAAGGAGCCUUCCUGCAAAUGCAAGCUUCUCUGAAAAGGACAAAAAAAGUCAAUGUUGUCAAGCUCUUUAUUUACUCUCUUUGAAAACUUCAGCUUCUGAAAAUUGCAUUAGGCUCAGAUUCUCUUCUGAGAGAGGCAGAGCAUGGUCAGCUCUGUAUCUGCAGGGUUGAGAGCAUGGGGUCUGAGUGCUCAAUAUCUCUGGGGAGUCAGAACCUCUUUGGACUGGGUGCCAGCUCUUCCUUUGGCAGCAUGUUUCCUUCUUUGUGUGUUUUAAGUGAGAUUGGCCUGUCUUCUUGCAUCCGUGCCAGUUGAACUGGCAGGCCUUUGACCAUAGGUGCUCUGAUGGAUAGGUCAUGGAGUCUCUGCCAUUUCUCAAUCAUCCUUCUGGAUAGAUCUGGCAAUUGAGGUUUCUUAGCUUAUACUAAGAUAGUUCUUUCCCUAAGCAUCAUACAUUUGGCAUGUAUCAUUCCCAUUUCCUUCCCCUCACCUCAAAGAAAAACAUCCUCUUGGCUCAUACUCAACCUAAUUCUAUCUCGGGUGUUCUCUCCCCUUCUCUCUAGCAAAUGAUGUGCUACUAGGGUACAUCAUGCAGUAUGAGGAUUAUGUUGAGUGUAGAAAAAAGCUAAU